AUGACCGACUGUGAGUAUGAGACUACAGAUGUCGUUAUCUGUGGCUGUGGGCCAACCGGGGCUAUGUUGUCUGCAUACCUUGGGCGGAUGUCACUUCCACACAUCGUGAUUGAGAAGGAGGCGGAAAUCACAACAGAUCCCCGUGGUAUUGCACUUGACGAGGAUGGCAUUCGGAUGCUGCAAGGGAUUGGCAUUUAUGAUCAAUUAUAUUCCGAAAUUGGGACUUGCAUGGGCAAGUUCAAGUUUGUUGGAGGGACAGAUCAGGUUCUUGACAAGAAAACCUUUCUAGAGAUGGAUUACGGAACGGUUCGCUCCCUUGACCUUCCUCAUAAUUCUUCCACGCUCAUGUUGUUUCUGCAGACUGAGGGCGGCACUGGUCACGUUGGAUUCAUCUGCCACAAACAACCAGUUCUUGAGAAACAUUUGAGGGCCGCAAUGAAUUCAACAGGCUUCUGCCAGCUCAGGACAAAUUCCACCAUUGUUGAUAUAUACGAGGAGGGAGAUUAUGUAUAUUCACGCUAUCUCGAUGACCAAGGUAAUACACACAACGUGAAGUCUCGCUUCCUUGUAGGCGCGGAUGGGAAGACGGGGUUCACCAGAAAAAACUUUCUCGAGCCUUUGGGUAUCCGCAUGGAACAGGCACAUCAAUCCUUCUACGAUGAAACAUGGGUAGCACUGAACUGGGAAAUCUCCCUACCCACGGAGAAGACACAUCCCGAAUUUCCCCUCUGGAAGUUGGGGUACGACCCGCAACAGGUUUAUGACCUCUUUUUCCCAGAGAACUUCCGUUUCAUCUGCAAUCCAGAACGACCAGCCGUAUGUGGUCGAUUUGGGCUACCGUCUGAUAGACUUUGGCGCUUUGAAUUUGUGGUUCUUGCUGGUGAAGAUGGAGAGCAAAUGUCCACACCUGAGAGCAUUCAUAAAGUCGUUUUCCCCUACAUCACUCACCCUGGGACACGAUAUGGCCUACUACAGGACAUCCAGUUCCCGAAAGACUGCAUCCACGUCCUCCGGUCAAGACCCUUCCGCUUCUCUGCACGCAGCUGCAAUAAAUGGGCAUAUGGACGCGUAGCUCUGUGUGGAGAUGCAGCACAUGUGUUUCCCCCUUUUGGUGGCCAGGGAAUUGCCUCGGGUUUCCGCGAUGCCGUCUCACUAGCCUGGCGUCUUGUCCACCUCUGCCGUCGAGAUUCCUCGACCAUGCCAAGCAAUCACGAAGAAGUCCUUUCAGGUUGGUAUAUCGAACGUAAGCAGCAGCUAGAGCGGUCUCUCGCGUCGACGAUCGAGAAUGGAAAGUUUGUGACAGAAAGCAAUCCUAUCAAAAUCUUCCUCCGCGAUUGGUCUCUGUUCUUCAUGCAUUUCGUUCCUAGCUGGAGAAGGAAUCUCAGACUCGGUCGCAGGAAAGAAGGACUGGUACAGUACCAGUACACACCGGGCCUUCCUUUUGACCCAAGUCACAAGGGGGGAAUCUGUCUCCCGCAGGUUUAUUUGAAGCUUGCUGAUGGAUCAAAGGGCGUAUUCUUUUCGGACGAUAUUAUUUUUGGAGAAGGGAAAGAAGGGAAUUUCCAAUUGCUGGUUUAUCUGGACAGCCAGGAUGGACUGGCUGCUGCUCAGGAGGCAACUUCUUGUAUUGACGAGCUUUCAAAGGGGGUAAUUCAUUCCGCUGAGAUCACAUAUCUGAUCGAAAAUAUCCGCAUCGACGCAGAGGCUGUGGCGAAGUCGGGUCCUCGAUCAAUUUACUGUCUGGCUAGCGCUGAGGAGUUUGCUGGAUCGCCUUUGUGUCUUGGUCGACCAAGACCGGAGUACUAUGAUCCACUUUGGCUUGCGCGGGCACUUGAAGGGAAUAAGUUUGCCUUAAUUCGUCCUGAUCGUUUUGUCUAUGCUGCUUGCAACGAGGUUUCUGAGCUUCGAAACGUGGUUUCUGAGGCUGUGGAAUAUCUGCAUCAAUAA